AUGGCUAAUAAUCCUGCUUUCAACGAUCAGAUAGCAAAUAUUUCUACUGUCUAAAGCUAAUCGAUUGCUUCACCAAGCUUGCCAAGACUUAAUCAAUCUACAUCCCUCUCUCCGUUUAUCACAACGGCUUACUUAAGGGUGAACCAAAUUAUUUCUAAUAAGUAACUAGACAAGCCAAUUGAAACAUCUAGGAACAAAAGCAACAGAUAUCGUGAACCUUAAAUAAUUAUUGACUAAAAAUUCCCAGCAUUACCUUACAUUUAAAAUAACAAUGAUAACUAGCUUAACGUACCUCUACCACUUACAUACUAGUCAGUAUCUGAAGAAAGUACAAAUAGAAACUCAGCUUUAAUGCUAAUGCCUCAACAGAGUAGCUCCUAGAAUAAUGAAUUAGUUCUGUAUUCUACUCAAUCUAGAUUUCCACAGACAAAUGACGCUAUAAUGUAAUUAUCUUUAGCAUAAUUCAACCACCUGAAUGACUUGAGAAAUGUAACGUAAAUAAAUUUUGCUCCUCCGAAGCCAAAAGUUACAUUUCAGGAAAUGGUCAAAGAUAUUAGAAAGAAAAAGGCUGAAAAAUAAAAACUUCGAGAAGAAAAAUAGAAAGCUAGAGAAAAUCAGAUGAAAGAGAUGGGAAUCAGAAAUAUAAAUCUAAUCAAGAGUUAAAAUUAUCAUCUGCCAUUGUUGACUUAGAGAAACUAAAAUCUAUCUCCGUUGCUCUUAUAAAUGCAAUAGGAAGAUUAAAAGAAAAAUGAGAGAUAUAAAAAACUUGUUAAGAAUAAGGGAGAAUUAUCAGAUAGCGAAUAAGAUCGAUCAAGGGAAGAGGAUACAACGAUUCUCAAGAUGAUGAAUAUGAUCAAGAUUUCAUAUGAGAAGGAAGUGAGAAUAAUGGUCAAGUGGUAUAACACUAAUAAAAGACCCUAUUCUUCAAUACAAGAGCAGGAUGAAGAGGAGUUGUAAGAUGAUAUCACCAUCGAGGAAAAUAAAAAUGGCAAUAAAGUUGAUGCAAGUGGUAAAUUAAUUUUAAUUAAUGACUAUGGAUAAGGCUAAAAUAAUAUAGAAUCUAGUCCAAGAUUAUAAUCAAAUGCAAAAUAAUAUCUUCCAUACACAUAAGAUGAGUUUAAUGCAAAUAUCGGUAAAGGCAAUUACAAGAAAUUUGGGGGCUUAGGUCCAAACUUUGACGAUGAGUAUCAGAAAUAGAAAUAAAAGUUUGAUGCAAGAAAUGAUUUUGAUGAUUGUGUCAGAGCAAUGAACAAAAUAAAAUUAAAUCAAAUAACUAAGAAUGAAAAUCAGGGAGAAGCAAUUCAUUCUCAGAGAAAUAAGAAUAAUAAAGGAUUUCUUAGUGGUGGUGGAAGUAGUGCUGGCAGCAGCAAUAAACCUUCGACUCCUAUAAAAAAUAAAAAGCAACCAAAGACUUUUGAGGUCCUUAAUCAAUAGCAAAUGAAAGAAGCAUUAAUGAAUUCUGCAAGAGAAAAGGCUAAGCAAUAUGCAAAACAAGUAAGAAGACCUAAUCGUAGUAUAGAAUUAGCUGAAAGGGUUUAGGAAAGGAAAAGAGAAGUUGAGAUUGAAACGAACCAUAUUGAUAGAUUUAUGUUUGACCCUCACGAUAUCAGGAAGACUGAAGAAAGUUAUAAGAGACUUUUUAACUUUUAGCAUGUGUCAAUUCCAUAUAUUGAUAAUAAGAUCAAAUUAUGA